AUGGCUGCCAUUCGCUCCCUCCUCAAUCCACUGGUGGAUGACGACCACCGAGACAGCAACGAGGAAAGCAAAGACGAGAUCUCUACUCACGACAGUCAGAUGUCUGCUUUCUCGGACGCCUCCGGGGAUCCGCAGCAUAAGCCGAUCCGAAAGAAGCAAAAGAUCUGUAAGGAUGCCGCGGUCUUCAAGCCAGGCAACAUCAGAGGGGAAUGUCGAUAUCCACCGUAUGAGGAUGACGAUCCAGUGCUGGCUGUCAAACAUCAGAUGUUCGAGGUCUAUCCUGUCGGCAAUAUUGCGUCCUAUCCAAGACAUAUUCCCUACAAUAGCGAGAAGAAGCUCUACUUGGAGAGAACAGGCAGGGAAAGCUUUGAAGUCUUCCAGUAUCAAUUCAAGGUCCCCGGCGAUUCCACUACGUACACAAUGCUCUGGGACUAUAACAUUGGCCUAGUUCGAACGACGCCUCUGUUCAAGUGUGGGAACUACUCCAAGACAACGCCGGCGAAGAUGCUUUCCCGCAACGUUGGAUUGAAAGAUAUAUGCCACAGCAUCACAGGAGGAGCCUUGGUCGCACAAGGUUACUGGAUCCCAUAUGAGGCGGCGAAGGCGGUGGCAGCCACUUUCUGCUGGAAAAUUCGCUAUGCGUUGACACCCGUCUUCGGCAAAGACUUCCCUGAAAUGUGUAUUCCUGAAGACGCCGACGGCUUUGGAUCCAUGCAAAUCGACCCUGAAAUCACCAAACGAUGUGCAGCCCAGGCUCAGGUGUACCGGGAACUGGAGCUGCAGGGAGCUGGCACCUCAUCGUCUGGCAUACCAAGCCCACGCACACCCUUGACACCACCGUCCCGAGCCCCAGUCAAGAAGCUCAUGCCAAAACCACACCAAGUCCCUGAUACUUCUAGCGAGUCCUCGACUGACUCGGGUCGGGAGGACAAAUACGAGCUCUCUUCGGCGUCCCCACAGAUCGCCUUCAGUGACCCCUGGUCUGCAGUCAACUCGCCCCGUUCUCCACCAGUCAAGGUGUCCUUCACCGAUCCAUGGUCCCCUGCCAGUACUACUCGGUCGCAGUCUCCUCAUGGUGGCUCACGCAAAGUGAGGGCGGCUGCAAAUAUUCCACGCUCCCACACUCCUCUUGACCUUCUGCCUCCUCCACGGACGCCCCUGUACGCUCCAAUCAAGGCCCGGGUCGGAGAUUGUGGCCAUGCUGCAGACGGCGCUCAUGAAUCGCUUCUCAGCGAAGGAGUCUCUCCCAAAUCCCGUGCGGUACGAAUGGACAUUGAUGAAGACUAUGAUGCUGGUUCUGAUGACUCUGAUGGUGCCAAACCUGUUACAACGACGAGCAGAAAGAGAUCUUCAAAGGUAUUCAAUGAAACCAAAGCAGCCUAUGUCUUGAUGAAACUGCGGACACAGACGGACACUGUCAAGGCUGGCUUGAAGUCGCUGAAGCGUAGAGCAUCGGCAUAA